AUUUGACAGCUUGGUCACAGCAUCACAAAUACGUUCAUAAAAUGCGAUGGGAAAUGUUACUGCCAAUGUGAAAACAAAGCCAGACUAUUUAGCAAACGGCUCCGUGCACUGCGUGGACUUUUUAAACGGACUGUGGAGGGAUGCCAAGCAGAGGAAAAGGUUGUUUUGGGUAGUUUAUCUUCUUGCUCCAUGGCGGUCUAUGGGCUGAGCAUUACCAUAUAUAGACCGACAGCAGAGCUCCCUCUCCGGGGAGGCUGACGAGCCCGCAAGCUUGCACAAAAGAAAACAAAACACAGCUUCAACAUGUCAUCUGAGCAGAUUAUCGCCAUCGUCAUGGAUGAUAAAAUCUUCGAGGUGAAUAAAAAGAAGCUGAUAGAGAAGAGCGACUACUUCCGGGCUCUGUACAGCUCCGGGAUGAGGGAGUCCACGGAGGACUCUGUGCAGCUGCAGGGACUCAGUGUGCCCGGUCUGGAGCUGGUCCUGGAGUUCAUCAACACCUCUAAAGUGCAGGUCGUGAAUGAGACUCUGGAGGAUCUGAUUGAGACCGCCUCCUUCCUGCAGGUCACCUCCAUCCUGAAGCUGCUCACCUCGGAGAUCCGGCUGGACAACUGCGUGGAGCUGUACAGCCUCUCGGAAGUGUACGGGACCCACGAUCUGCGCCACGCCUGCCUCAAGUACAUGAGCUGCUACUACCACCCCAUGCUGAGGAGGCCCGAGUUCUGCAGCCUCCCUCCGGCUGUCAGAGACCAGGUCAGAGACAUGCGGAUGAAAGGCACCGCCACCCUGGUCGCCAUCGGGGACUUCACCUGCCUGUCUCUGGAUGUGCCGGAUCAGGAUGAACCCUGGUCCAUGUUGAGGUACGGGGAGGUGGAGCAGAGGUGGAAGCCGCUGGCGAACAACCUGCCCCCGGAUAUGAUCAACGUCAGAGGGUACGGGUCAGCUGUGCUGGAUAACUACCUGUUCAUAGUGGGGGGGUACAGGAUGACGAGUCAGGAGAUCUCCGCGGUGCACUGCUACAACCCCUGCAGGAACGAGUGGAACCAGGUAGCCCCGCUCAACCAGAAGAGGUCCAACUUCAAGCUGCUGGCGGUGAACGGGAAGCUGUACGCUGUAGGGGGUCAGUGUCUGGGCACAGUGGAGUGUUACAGCCCGGAGCAGGACUGGUGGACCUGCGUGUCCUCCAUGCCCGACCCUUUGGCUGAGUUCUCUGCCUGCGAGUGCCAGGGGAUGAUCUACGUCAUGGGUGGAUACACUGCAAGAGACAGGAACACAAGCGUCCUCCGCUACUGCCCCAUCUCGGACACGUGGACCGUUUUCCGCUCCUGUUCGGCGCACAUCCGCAAGCAGCAGAUGCUCUCGGUGGAGGACACCAUCUUCCUGGUGGGCGGCUACACCCACGAGCUGGCCCAGCGGCAGCGGCGCCCCAGCCAAACGGAGGACGUGCUGACGGUGCAGUCGUACAACGUCGCCACGGGGGAGUGGCUCCAUCUGAAGGACAACACGUCCAAGUCGGGCCUGAACCUGACGUGCACGCUGCACAACGACGGCAUCUACAUCAUGAGCCGGGACGUCAGCCUGCCCACCAGCCUGGAGCACCGCGUCUUCCUCAAGUACAACAUCUUCUCGGACGCCUGGGAGGCCUUCAGGCGCUUCCCGGCUCUGGGACAGAACAUGCUGCUGUGCUCGCUGUACCUCCCCAACCUGCUCUGAUGGUGACAUGAACAUCGAGGGGUGGGGGGGUGCUGCAGCUUUAACACAGGCCAGUCGGUUGUUCUUGCACAGAGUAGGUUUCUGUUGCAUUAGUGGGAACACUGUCUGGUUGCCAGGUUGGACGCCUCGUGACCUCUGUGCCUAUAAAAAAAAAAAAAAAAAAAGCACUACAUUGUACAUACUGCUGUGGAUGCAAAUACAAAAGCUACAAUGACAACAAGUAUGAAAGUGAUGAAGCACCGUAGUCCAUCAACAGCAUCAGAGCAGCCCGGCCCCAGUUUGUGCCUCUCAUGUGUUUAAAAUUGCAUUCGAGUAACGGGAUCACCAUCUGUUUCUCUGAUCGAAAUGAACCUGGAAAGUUUGAAAAAUCCAGAAACGUGUCAUUCCAACAAAAACCUUCUGCUGGUCUGAGGAUACAACCAAGACUCUCUUUACAACUUAGGUGAAAAAAAAAGACUUUGUCUGAUGCACAAUUAAAGGACGAGUGUGUGUAGGGAGAGAUAUUAUGUAUCAUAGCUAUAUUAUAACGUUUAUUUUCAUUAGUGUAAAGUCACAAGAACACCAGGAAUGUUGUGUUCUCCUCAUCUUAGAAUGACAUCUUUAUUUCUACAGGGGAAGCCGGUUCCAGCCGUGUUUCUGCAGAAGCCCAGAGCAGACCAUGAAGGUUUAUCACGGGGUUUAGUGUCCACCAUAGGUUCUCCUCCAUGCAUGGAAGGAGUCUUUAUUAUCAUUCAAGUUGAAUACUACAAACCGCCUCUUAAAAAUCAUUUGAAACUUGUUUUCCAACAUGCUUCUGAAGAUUCUUCUCUUUUUUUUUACACUGUAGCAGACGUAAUAGUUUCCUUUCAGGUGGUCCAAUACGUCUUUAGGAUUCUGUAUUUAUCUUCAGAGCAGCACUAAGUGUUAUUUAAUGAUCAUUGUUGGGUUAUGACCUCUUAGAGAAACAGAUGUUUACCUUUAACACUUGAGGGCCACAAACUGAAGCUGCAUAACAGCAUGCUUUAAAACCUCUGGGGCUACAAUAUUCUCCAUGUUUACACUCCAGAUGUGGCAUUGGCGUACAUGUUGAAUCAAAUUCACUACAAACCUUAAAAUAUCUCAGAAACGUUAUGUCCUUAUGUACUGUACAUAGCAGAUACUCCUGAUUACGGCUUUGGUUUUACACUGCCAGUUUUUUGAGAUUUGAUGAAAGUGACUGUUUGGGAUGACGAGGCUCAGAGGGAGCUUCAUGUGUUCUUUAUACUCUUGCACUUGUCUUAUUUUUUUUCUCCCAGAGAAACACUAAGCAAAGCUUAAAGCGCAACUCCAUGAAAUGAACGCAGCACAUGUGCCUUCUGCAACCUCUCCUAACUUUAUAAAAAAAAAAAGCACAAAAUGCAAGACUUUGUUACAUUGCCAGCGACUGACCAAAACUGCUGUUUUAUUUUCUUCUCUCUGCUGAAGCAGAUUUUGUGUUUGUUGAGGUUCUUCUCAGUUCCUUGAUUACAUAUUGGGAGUGUGUGGGAAACGAGCCUCAAAGCAGAUUUUAUCCCUGAACUCUUUAUUGUUUUUGGUGAAAUGCAGCAGUGAAAAUCUUUGGUUUGGUGGAUUUCAGAUUCUCUCUGUACAACGGUACUUAUUUGUUUGACAGUUUUGGAUUUAGUCAUAAUAAUAAAGAUGAUGUUCAGGGGUC